AUGCCCGAAUUUCCCCCGCCCAUUGAUUCAUCAUACGUACCAUCUACCUCGCUUGCGAAAAUUCCCGCAACGGCGUCAACCGAAGACAUUCUUGCCAUUCUUGAACGAGAUGGCGCACUUAUUCUGACUGAUGUCGUUUCAAGUCAAGAUAUAGCUGCCAUUGAAGACGAACUGGAGCCUUACAUUCAAAAGGCUAAGGCCGAACCUCACGCUGCCUAUGAUCUGGUUCCUAAACAAACGACGAUGAUACCCGGCGUUGUGGGCAAGUCGCCGACAAUGGCCAAAAUUGCCGAGUUCGAAAUUAUUGAUAGGGUGCGGACAUCGGUCUUGCAAAAAAAGUGCACUGCAACUUGGGAGGACCGAACAGAAGAGUUUGCUAUUGACCCUAUAUUGAACAGUAGUUUGACAUACCACAUCAGCUACGGUGGUCCUCGUCAAAGGCUGCACAGAGAUGAUAUGAUCCAUGGGAUCUACCAUCAUGGCGAAUACAGCCUCUCAAACGAAACAAUGGUUGGCUUUAUGAUUGCUGGGGUGAAGACAACCCGCGAGAAUGGAGCGACAAUGGCCAUUCCCGGUUCUCAUAAAUGGGAUCAUACUCGGGUUCCCAAAACCGACGAGGUUUGCUUUGCAGAGAUGGAACCAGGCUCCGCAUUUAUUUUCCUUGGCACUGUGUAUCAUGGCGCUGGGCACAACACUGUUCCGGAUCAAGUGCGCAAGGUUUACGGUCUUUUCUUUAUCCCAGGCACACUUCGCCCAGAGGAGAAUCAAUUCUUCGCUAUUCCCCGAAGCAAAGUACUUGGGAUGAGUGAUAAAAUGCUGUCUCUUCUUGGGUAUAAAAUGCCCGGUACUUGGCUUGGUAUUGUUAAUAAUAGAGAUCCGGCCGAAAACCUUAGAGAGGUUUUCCAUUCAGCUAACUUAUGA